AUGGGUUUAACUUUUUCAACACUUUUUCAACAAUUAUUUGGUAAAAAACAAAUGAGAAUUUUAAUGGUUGGUCUUGAUGCUGCUGGUAAGACAACAAUUCUUUAUAAACUUAAAUUAGGAGAAAUUGUAACAACAAUUCCAACUAUUGGUUUUAAUGUUGAAACAGUAGAAUAUAAAAAUAUUAGUUUUACUGUUUGGGAUGUUGGUGGUCAAGAUAAAAUUCGUCCAUUAUGGCGACAUUAUUUUCAAAAUACUCAAGGUCUUAUUUUUGUUGUUGAUAGUAAUGAUCGUGAACGUAUUGGUGAAGCACGUGAUGAACUUCAACGAAUGCUUUCAGAAAAUGAACUUCAAGAUGCUAUACUACUUAUUUUUGCAAAUAAACAAGAUUUACCAAACGCAAUGAAUGCUGCUGAAAUAACUGAUAAAUUAUGUCUUCAUUCAUUACGUAAUCGUAAUUGGUAUAUUCAAGCAACAUGUGCUACAAAUGGUGAUGGUCUCUGUGAAGGACUUGAUUGGUUAGCAAAUCAAUUAAAAAAUGUGAAAUAA